CCCAAGCCCGCAACCCGCCGGAUUCCUCCUCCCUACCCGCUCACAAAACCCUAGCCCAACACUGCAAACCCGCGCCCGGCCGCCGCCGCCGGGGACGAUGGCGAAGCCUCGGCGCGGCCGCUCCGCCUCGCGCUCCACCUCGGGCUCCUCCUCCCGCUCGCCGUCCCGCUCCGUCUCCUCCGGCUCCGUCUCGUCCCGCUCCCGGUCGCGCUCCCGCUCCUUCUCGUCGUCCUCCUCCCAGUCCCGUAGCCGCUCCCCUCCCCCAGCUAAGCGCAGCUCACCGGGAGCACGGAAAGGUCGAUCACCUUCACCACCUCCUAGAAGAGGUUCACCCUCGAAGAAAGUCCGUUCGCCAUCACCACCGCCUAAAAAGGCUUCACCCCCUAGGAAAGCAUCUCCUCCUGCUGAGUCUGCUGUUCUCUGCAUUGAUCAUCUAUCAAGGAAUGUUAAUGAGGCUCACUUGAAAGAGAUUUUUGGAAACUUUGGCGAGGUGGUGAAUGUGGAGCUAUCAAUGGACCGAUUGGUCAAUCUUCCUCGUGGGUAUGGAUAUGUCGAAUUCAAGAAGAGAGCUGAUGCUGAGAAAGCUCUUCUUUACAUGGAUGGUGGUCAAAUUGAUGGAAAUGUUGUUAAGUUGAGAUUCACUCUUCAACCACGCCAAAGGGCUGCAUCACCUACAAAGGUUCCUCCCCCUCCAAAAAGAGAUGCUCCUCCAAAUGACAAAGGUGCUAGUAGUGCUGAAAAGGAUGCCCAGCAGCGUCCUAGGGAAUCAUCUCCACGAAAGAAGCCUGCUUCACCUCCGCGGAAGCGAUCUCCUCCAAAUCGAAGGGUGGAGUCACCUAGGCGUCCACCUGACCCAUCACCUAGGCGUCGUCCUGAUUCUCCACCAAUUCGUCGCCGACCUGAUCCUUCUCCUGUCAGGCGUGGUGACACACCUCCUCGCCGGAGACCACUAUCUCCACUUAGGAGGCGGUCUCCUUCUCCACCACGAAGGCAUAGGUCACCGAUGCGGCCUUCACCUAGGAGGGGUCGUGGUAGCCCAUCACCACGCAGACGCUCCCCUGGGCCUCCUAGGAGGCGAUCACCACCUCCAAGGCGGUUGAGGAGCCCACCAAGAAGGCCACCGCCUCCACGUCGUUAUAGUCGUUCUCCUCCUCCUCGCCGUCCCCUUCGAUCCCGCUCUAGAUCGAUUUCUCCAAGAAGGGGUCGAGGACCUCCAUUGAGGCGUGGAAGGUCAGACUCAUCAUAUUCUCGAUCACCUAGUCCACCAAGAAAGGGGCCAAGAAGGGUAUCAAGGAGUCGCAGCCCUAGAAGACCUCCUAGAGGAAGAAGCAUCUCUAGUGACAGCCGAAGCAGCAGCUCACCUUCCCCUAGACGCAGGUAGAACGAACUUGUGGCAUUGUGUUUCCGGCAGGUAAAACCAUUUAUCCCUUCACUCUAUCUUGUAUCGUUUCCUUGUGCUUGUGACUUGCUGUGAGCUCAAGUGUUGGUUCGAGGAGAUGAUGAGAGAACACUACGGCAAUACUUCUAUGGAUCUGCUUAACAUGCUUGGUGGACUCUCUGGCCUGUGAUAUGUACUCAAGACGAUUAUCUGCUAUGUUUGCUUAUGUACUUGAUGCAUGUACUGAAGUAUUUUGAAUUUCUGAACCUGUUUCCGCUCAGAAGUCUGGAUCGAAAGGUUUCUGUAUUAAACCUUGCGGUGUGUCAA